UUUUUUUUUUAAUGAACCCAACAUACCAACAGAUACUUGUAGCAGACAGCUUCGAUCUAAACAUCAUGCUUACAAAUUAAACAUAAGAGGCCAGCAUAGCGAGAAUCGCGGGGAUACUGCUUUGCAGUCUGCAGCAGAGGGUGGUGUUGUGAAUAGCGUUGACAAUCUCAGGGAGGAGGUGCUAUUAAAACGCUGCCUCAAGUGAAGCCCCAUUCAUUUUUCUCAACAUGGCGAUUAAUGUAGAAGGAAAUCCUCAGAAGAGAAUCAGAGCAGCUCUGAUGAUGUUGAUGACUCUCUACGAAUAUUUGAACUCCCGCAUCCCGUGCCGGUUAUGAUGUUGGAAAAAUGGACAAGUUUUCGGCCAGCAUAUCCGAGAUCAAAUGGAGCGCGGUGUCCCUGCCUUUGGAUUUAAUAGUCAGUAAAUUCAGACUGCCAACUCUGGUGCGGCUCAGCCAAGGGGAUCAUGUUGAGGGCUUGACAGAGCAGGAUGUGAUCCUGAUUCACUCCUGCAGACAGUGGACCACCGUGACUGCACACAGCUUGGAAGAGGGGCAUUAUGUCAUCGGUCCUAAAGUUGACAUCCCAUUGCAAUAUCCAGGGAAGUUUAAACUGUUGGACCAAGACCGGGAUGUGAGAGAGCCUGUCCAGUACUUCAGUAGCGUGGAGGAAAUAGCCAGUGUAUUUCCAGAGAGAGUCUUUGUGAUGGAGGCCAUUACUUUUAGUGUAAAGGUGAUCUCUGGGGAGUUCACUGAGGACAGUGAGGCAUACAACUUCACCCUCCACGCUGGUGAUGAGCUGACAUUGAUGGGCCAAGCUGAGAUCCUGUGCGCCAAGACGGUGAAGGAGAAAUCCAGAUUCAACAGCAUUCUGCGCAAGCUGGGCAAGACCAGCACGCUGAGCAAGCAGGUGAAGGGCAAGAUGCCCUGUCUGAUCUGCAUGAACCACCGGACCAACGAGAGCCUCAGCCUGCCCUUCCAGUGCAAAGGCAAGUUCAGCACCCGCAGCCCCUUGGAGAUCCAGAUGCAGGAGGGAGAGCACACUAUCCGCAGCAUUAUUGAGAAGGUCCGUCUGCCAGUAAACGUGAUGGUUCCUACUCGGCCGCCUAGAAACCUCUACGACCUUCACGUCAUACGGGAAGGUCACCGCUACAAGCUUGUCAGCAUUAUCUCCAAGACUGUCGUCCUGUGCUGCAUCCUUCGCAAGGAGGUGGCCCCGUUUCAUUUUCUGCUGCUUACGGACAUGCCCCGUUUCCUGCUGCCCGAGGGCCUCCUCCGGGGGGACCCCAUCUUUGAGACGGUGGCUCACGAAAUCUCCCUGUACUGCCAGGAGCGAUUCAAUCCCGACGAGUACUCCAAGGCAGUGAGGGAGGUGAAAACGGACUUCACAGAGGAGGGCAUCAGCCCCAGGCGGAUCCGGGUGUGUCUGCAGGACUUCACUUCUCACUCCCUGAACUGUGCCCAAGAGGAGCUCACCCAGUCUUUUCAAAGGCUCUCUUUGUGCGUUUACAGUGGCAUGCUGAUGCAUGCCAAUGGUGACCUCCAAUCUCAGAGCUGUAGGGACUCACUGGGGGAGCACCAGAUCAUGCCCCAUGAGCUGUUGACACCCUCUGAGGUCAGCGAAGCCGAAAGGGAGUACGUGACUCCUGAAUGGGCAGAAAAUGAGUUUCGAACUGUGGAGCAACUCGAAAUCCCCUAUGAGGAAUUAUGGACUAAUCAGAACCCUGAGAAUUAUACUGAAGCCAGUGGAAACCCACAGGUGCAGAAAUGUGGGGGCAAAGGAGACCAGAAUCUUAUUUCUUUCCAUUCUUCAGCUUCAUCUUUAGAGGAACCCGUGGGAUCAUCUCACAUCGCUGUAUUGCAAAUAGGGGAGAACAACAGAGUGCCAACUCCACCCCCUGUACCCCCCAAAUCAGAAGCUGUGAAAGAGGAGUGUCGCUUCUUAAACGCUCCCCCUGUUCCUCCAAGAGGCAGUAAAGCAGUCCCUGCUCCCAGCCCUCCAGUGCCCCCACGCUUUCCGAAGAACCAGCUCCAGCAAGCACAAAUCCAAACGGCCCAUUCACCGAACCCCAGUCUUUCUUACUAUUCUUCCGGGCUCCACAACAUUUCUGGAACUCGCAGUGGUAGCUGUUCACCUUCUCCUGACUCUUACUCCCUCUACUGUUACCCAUGCAACUGGAGUGACUGCAAAGCCGUUGAUACGUCCACACGACAACUUGCUGGCAGCAACGGGGUCCCUAGCAUGCAGCCAGCGCAAACGUCAUGGUCGGACCCUUGGGCCUAUACAGACACUAUGACCAGUGUGGCCAGUGGGCGCUCCACCCCUCUCCUCAGCACCGAUACCUACAAAAGCUAUUACAGCUGCCCUAGGCUGAAGCCUCCUCACUCUCAGAAACGUUUUGCUCCUUUUGGGGCACUGAACCCUUUCGCUAACCCCGGAUACUCCAGCAGCCCUUCCUCAUCCCCAGCCGAAUGGUUGGAGCCAGAGGACUGUCAGAAAUCUCCGUCCCUAGCCUCUGAGCCCACUGAUCCUUUUGACCCACCCAACAGCCGGAGCACCUCUCCAGAUAUUGCUUCUCUCAACUCGGGAGACAUGAGAUUCGAUCAGGAUCUCCGGAACCGCCAUGCAGAACAAUUUUACAAGUCUGGCGAUGGUGGGAUAUGCAAUGUCCCACCACCUCGGCCACCUGAGGGCUUUGAAUCUGAAAACAUAAUCGUAAGAAACACAGCUCCGCUCUCCCCCACCAUUGUGAGGGGGGCAGAAGGUGGCAUCACCAGGGUUUACCUUACUCAAGGGGUAAUUGAGGUUCCACCUGUGUCUACAAGAUGCAACCCCGAGACUCCUGUGUCAGCCUCUUUUCCCCUUGCGCCAGGUAUGGCCCGAGCUAAUGGGGACGGAUCCACAUGGUACCCCCCUUCAGACAUCUCAACACUCUCUGUGGAAGAGGUUUCCAAGUGCCUGAGGUUUAUAGGCCUCUCAGAAGAUGUGGUAACUUUUUUUGUCCGUGAGCGCAUUGAUGGGAGCAUUUUCGUGCAGCUGAAUGAGGAGAUUCUCUCGGACGACUUUAAGCUGACAAAGCUGCAGGUCAAGAAAAUCAUGCAGUUUAUUAAAGGCUGGAGGCCAAAAAUGUAACGCUCCACAUGUGGGAUGCUUAUAUUUGUGACUUGUGUUUGGGACCAAGGUUGAUCUUCCUGGAAAUAGAAUGAAGAUACUAAACUACAAAAGAGAACAAUAUGGGGUAAGGAGGGAGGGACAUGAGGUUGGAGGGAGGAAGUGAUAAAGGAAUGUGAGAAUUGAAUUAGUACAAACUUGAAUUUAGAUUUUCAGUGUCUUGUUGGAAUACUACUGAAGAUUGAAUGUUUAUGACUUCUACAUGUAUUUAUAGGUUCUUCUUUUGGUACAAUGAACAAUCCAGUGUUUUGGGGGGUCUUUUUCUGUGAUUAACACUGGUGAAAAAGACUGGUUUACCUGUGGUACUUUGUAUAUCUUCAUCUGUCCAGCUCAAAUCCAGGCAGAAUUGAAAUGUAUCCUAGUUUUGUAUAUUAAAUCUUAAGUUCCUGUGUCUCAGUUAACAUUCUGCAUCACACUCAGAGUAACAUACAUCAUUAUGAUUCCUAUGGGAAACUACUCAAUUCUGAACUAUUGAAGUUCUCAACAUUCUCAACUCAUACCUUUGGGUUCUGCACAGUAGGUCUGUCUACAGGGUGAGAAAGCAAACACAAGGUGGUCUUGGUGGCAGGGUGGGAUAAUGCACUCCCCUUUCAGCUUAGCAGACCUGGGUUCAAAUCUGAUUUAUUUCACAAAUUAAGAGUGUUUCCUGCCCACAUCACAAAAUCAAACACACAAUUUGUCAGUAGGUAGUUUUGCACACACAAUAUAUAACUGAAAGAGAAGCCAUGGAUUGGAUGGGCAUGGAGACUCAUCUGCUCCCUUAUCCCCUGUGAGGGUGGUUCUUCUUGGCUGGUUUGAGGCAUGCCUGCAGCAAUAGUGUGGGGAAGCUCACAUUGUCACAGCCUUUGCUUUACUCCUUUGUGGAUAGAGAGGAAUUCAGUCUCCAUUCCAGCCCCUUUGAUGAUCACCAACAAAUUCACAUUUUCAAGCAAUGUCAGCUUAGUUGUUUCUGUGGCUUUAAGUGAUGCAGGAAAUCCCAGCUGACUUAAACUAAUUUAUUCUGCAUACCCAAAUUCAACUUAAUGUACUGGGUAUGUGCUUCUUAUGUUAAUAACACCUAUAACCUUGUGAUUCCUAGUUUACUGUUUAUCUGUGCUAAGUAACUUGUACCCUGUACCACAACAAUACAGCAGCACACAUAAUCUUACUGUUAUAAAGAACAACCACCCAAGAUUAGCUACUAUGAGCAAUUCUAAUAUGAAAUAAUGUACAAGAAAGAAAUCAUGGCCUGUGAAAAUUACAGUAGUCAUUUGUCUCAUUUCUAAGAAUCUGCUGAACUUGAAAUGUGCUUUAAAGACACAACAGUAUUUGCUGUUCCUGUAACCAUGGUACAGAAACAUGGGUUUGUGAAAAGAAGCAAGUAUUCCAGCAGAACAUGCUUUGGCUUAUGUAGGGGCAAGAGGAACAUCUUUGGGCAUUCCUAUUCAGCUUUGAUAUUAAUGGUAUUUUAAGUAGAGAAGAGGUUUGAACAUGCCACCCACUAGAAUAUAAUUUAUGCGCUAAUCAGCGGGAUGUGUGUGUAGGUGUACAGUAUUGAUAUUGGUCCAUGUUUAUUGGAUAGGUUACAUCAAGUGUAGACAAUGUUUAAGUGUCAGCAAUGCCAGAAGCCUGAAAAACAAUGACAUACAGUACUCCAGCCUUUUACCCACCUUAAAUGUACUUUUAAAUCCUGUAAAUGUGCUGACCCAGCAUGAGCUCAAAUAAAAUUCAUAAAAUAUUUACUAAAACAAAGCUUUCUGAUAAAACCCUAAUCCUUUAUACUAGUAACUCUGGCCUUUUAAUUCUUAAUGCUGGUCUUGUAGAACCACCACAUGGAACACAUUCAGGCAACUACCUUGAGUAGAAACAAUCUCUUCAUUUUUAAACUUUGCUAUUAAUGACAAGGUUUAUACUUAAUCACCAUCUCUACUCUUGAGUACCAGUGAGGCUACUAGCUUCUGAAAAUUCAUCUGGGAGGUAUGGCAGAAAAUUGUUUUUUUUGUAUGUGUGGGUUUGUGUAUGUGUGGAAGGUCAGUUAAGGUAGAUCAAAUGAGAUGACAUGAAGCACAAGUGUUGCAAAUAACAAAUACACAAUGACCGAAAACAGACUGGCAGGUAAAUUUCAAUCUUAACAGCUUCUGACUGCUAUUUUCUCUCUCAAUCUUUAUACUACCAUUAAACAAGUGAUUACAAGGGGUAUGUUAAGAAUUUAGAUUAUAUUUCUACCUGGGUACACUAAAUGUUCAAUUUUCAAUUAUUAUUAUUUUUUUUUUUAAUGAUUUGAUUAUCUUUCAGUGUAGAUUUUUCACAAUUGCAGCACAUUUAUUACAUGGUGAGGACAAAAAAAAGGACAACUAUACACUAUAGAUAAUUCCAGGUUAGUAUAUUAAUACAAAAGCAGACAUUUUAAGAAAGGCAAGUCAAACAAAACUGUCCAGAUAGUGCUACAUCAAGAAAGCCGUAAAGCCCUUUCUCCCCUCACAAAAACCACGCUUGACCUGUCUCACAGUCAUGUAGUCGCACAGGUGGAACAUAUUGAUAGUACAUAAAACUUCGCUCUGUACACAAGAAAAAGUCUAUUUUAAGAUGAAAUGGCUACCAGGUGUUUUAUAGAAGAUGGCGGGAGGGGUCAAUGAUGUUUAUCAAAUCUAUUGGGAGCUCCAGAAAUAAAGGGCAGAUUUUAUACACUGUGGAAGACGAUGGAAUUGCUUUGUUGCUGAUUUUCCAAUUCUGGCUUUGAUGUGGCUGGACUGACUAGCAUAUACACACUUCUAUGGGUUUCACAAACACAUUUAGACUUAUCUUACAGCAGAGUAUGUUAACUUUUGAGUUAAAUCAAUUAUAGCCUACAAAGAUGUGUGAAAGUGUAGGAAAAGUUCAGGGUCCAAUAGCAAGUACUUCUUGAAACCCCUGCAGAUUCAACAUCACAUUCUGCUUUAAAAAGUAGUACUCCAGUUCAAGCUUUGCUUCAGCAGUUUGGAAACCCAUUACCUCUGUGAAAAUCUAAAUUAAAAGGCAUCACGAGGCUGUAACUAUGGUGCCUUUCUAUCAAGGUACAACUUCAAGUUGCCUUUUGUACAUUGUUCUGAAGAAGCCUGUAAUUAAGCACACUGUAUUAAAAGACUGUAAUUUGAGUUUAAAUUGUACUGUCCUAAUCUCUGCUGUCUGAAGAUGUAUAGUGUGCUAUUUGUCAAGCACGGUGCUAAAUUAUACAGUUUAAUAACUCUGGUUUUUAACUACCUUGUGUGCGCAGAGGAUUGUAUAUGUAUAUUUAUGGAACAGCAACCAUUCUGCCCCCACCCC